AUACAUAAUACACAAUACAAUAAAACAUCAGUGUUAAAUCAAGCUAAGAUCAGUGUGCACAAAUAAAUACAUUUUGACGUUGGAGAUCAUUGUUUCAAUGCAUUGGAAAUGAAAAAAUAUGUACAGUCUAGUGUAGUCUUGUAUAGAAUAGUAUAUUGUAAGCCGGUGGUUGGUGGUUCAAAAAAAUUCUCAGAAGUGUUUUCAUUCAUUAAUACGAUCAAUAGUUAAUUGAACUUAUUAAUUAAAUAAAUAAUUUAUUUAACAUGUAAUUAAUUAGUAUCAUGGGUUUAACUAUCAGGUGUCUGACUCAGAGACUAAGUUAAUAAACAGACACCGUUUGUUGUGUCCUGUUUUGACCGCUUGGUGUCACCGCAGCACAGUUUUACUGAGUGAACACAAACACCAGCCUAAAAAACGCUCCCUGUUCAUCUAAAUAACUUUUAUUUCAGUCAAAUUAACUCAAACGACGAAACCCAGCACUGUUGUAUAUUAUUUCACCAUGUGGGGGACUACAUUUAUUUUUAACCUACCUGGAGACAGGCACGUCUUUACGGAACAUUAACAGGUUUGCAAAGAAACCAGUCAGACCUCAGUGGUUUUAUAAGAACCUCAGGGUGAAGUUCAUGGUUCUGAAGCUCUUCCCCAGCACACUGACUGAACCCUGACCAGAGAGAAACCUCAGCCAAAUCACGAGCAAUUUCGGGUAGUUCUUCAUCAUCAAGAAAGCAAUGGAGGCACAAUGCAUAGGAGAGAGUGAUGGACUAAAAUUCUGGCUGGCCAGACCGCAGGACUAUGAUGAGGUGAUGGCAAUAUCACAAGACGUCCAUCUAGGCCACGACUACCUGCCUCAUCGAUACCACACCUGGAUGACAGAGAAGGACAGAGUCACUGUACUUGCCAGAAGAGAUGCAAAGUUGAUUGCACUGGAGUCUGGACUGGUGGUGGAUGGAGGAAGGACAGUAGUGGUGGAGGGACUCAGGGUGUGUCCGAGUGAAAGGGGUCAUGGUGUGGCUGGAGUGAUCCAGAGAAUCACUGAUGGAUAUAUUAAGCAAGUUUACCCAAGUGUAAACAUCAAACGAUUUACCAGAGUGGAUGAUCCAGGACCUGAGAAACUCUCUAAGUUCAUAGUUUUGGCUCUACGGGCUGUCCUGUCUUUAAUUGGAGAAGCUGAGGGCUUUAAUAGAUUUGUCGUAGGACUGAAAGCCAAACUGGAUAGUAUAGAGAAGACAGAACAAUCCACUACUACUAACAACCAACUGACUGUUCUGAAGGAUGAUCAGCAGCUCAAAGCCCUCCUCCUGGAUCCUGACCUUUCCACCAGACUUCAGCUUCCAGGAGGUGCCAUCAUCCAGGACUGGCUGCCCCUAAAACCAGUGGAAAGCAACUUGGAAAUCUUAAAGAGGAAGAACCUUACGUGGUUAGCUGACACUACUAAUGACAAACUGAGAUUCAUGAGCUUCCACACACCUCCUUAUCCUAUUCCUUUCAAUGGCGGUUCUUUGAGGUUAACCAUUGACAUGUAUGGGGAGAACCUUCCUCUUGCAAGAAAGGCACUGAUAACCCAUUUGGAACAGGUAAUGGGGGAGCUUCAUGGCACUGUGCUGGUUAAUAUCUAUUUGAAUCAAACUCUGUGGACAGGCAUGCAAAAAGUUUGUGAGGGAGAUGAGGGAGUGAAGCAAUUCCGGGAUUACUGGGAGCAGCUGUUUCUGGAAAGAGAGUUGUCAUGAUUGGUAGAAAAGGGCAGAAAGGCAAUCUAAUGUGUCUUAGAGAAUCUAAUGAGGAGGGCUUUACAUAAUUGCGAAAUUAGAUCAGCAGGUGUUGAGUAGCAAUAGUUGCAGUAAGCCCAGUUCAUUCAGUCAUUUAUAGAUAUUACAUAGCAGAAACUUGCAUGAGUGGAUCAGACACAACAGUAUUGAUGGAGAUCUUGUACACCUUUGUGUCACUGUUGAACUGAAUAGAAUAGUCCACCAACAGUGUCCUGUGGGCAGCAUCCUGUUGGGAGUGUCCUGUGACCCCUAACAAAAAACCCGAGGAUGACCAACACAAAUUGUGCAGCAAUUGAUGUGUUUCUGUCUCUGACUUUAUAUGUACAUGGUGGGCCAGCUAGGCAGGAGUGUCUAAUAGUGUGAUCAGUGAGUGCAUACAUUGUUUAAAAACUCCAGCAGCACUGCUGUGUCUGAUUAACUCAUUCCAGCACAACGCACAUUAAAACACACCGCCAUGUCAAGUGUCAAUGCAGUACUGAGAAUGACCCACCUUCCAAAUAAUACUCUGCUCUGUGGUGGUCCUGUGUGAACCUGAGCACUAAAGAACAGGGUGAAAGGAGUAUAAUAUAGUGCAAAAUGUAAAAAACUCUGAUAAUAAAUUGUUUUCCUUUAACUGGUCAGUCAGUCAGUUAGCAUAAACAAUCUUUAAAAAAGUGUGUUAAACAAAGCUGUAUACAACCAAAACAAUAAAUAACAGGGAACAGGGA